UGGGGCAGGCAGAGGAGGUGGGCAUCCGGGGCCCCCUGGGCAGGAACCCGCACUGGACUCGGGGGUGGAGGCGGGUUGAGGAGGGCGGCAUGACCCCAGCGCGCCCCUCAUUCUGUGCUCUCUCUCUCCCCUUCCCGCCUGCCGGGCGCCCUCAGGCACCAUGCUGACCCGCCUGUUCAGCGAGCCCGGUCUCCUCUCGGACGUGCCCAAGUUCGCCAGCUGGGGCGACGGCGACGACGACGAGCCGAGGAGCGACAAGGGCGACGCGCCACCUCCACCUCCGCCUCCGCCAGGGCCGGGGGCUCCCGGGCCCGCCCGGGCCGCCAAGCCGGUCCCUCUCCGUGCAGACGAGGUGCCGGAGGCCGCGCUGGCCGAGGUCAAGGAGGAAGGCGAGCUGGGGGGCGAGGAGGAGGAGGAAGAGGAGGAGGAGGAAGGGCUGGACGAGGCAGAGGGCGAGCGGCCCAAGAAGCGCGGGCCCAAGAAACGCAAGAUGACCAAGGCGCGCCUGGAGCGCUCCAAGCUGCGGCGGCAGAAGGCGAACGCGCGGGAGCGCAACCGCAUGCACGACCUAAACGCGGCGCUGGACAACCUGCGGAAGGUGGUGCCCUGCUACUCCAAGACACAGAAGCUGUCCAAGAUCGAGACGCUGCGCCUCGCCAAGAACUACAUCUGGGCGCUCUCAGAGAUCCUGCGCUCGGGCAAGCGGCCCGACCUGGUGUCCUACGUGCAGACGCUGUGCAAGGGCCUGUCGCAGCCCACCACCAACCUGGUGGCCGGCUGCCUGCAGCUCAACUCGCGCAACUUCCUCACGGAGCAGGGCGCCGACGGCACGGGCCGCUUCCACGGCUCGGGCGGCCCGUUUGCCAUGCACCCCUACCCGUACCCGUGCUCGCGCCUGGCGGGCGCACAGUGCCAGGCGGCGGGCGGCCUGGGCGGCGGCGCAGCGCACGCCCUGCGGACCCACGGCUACUGCGCCGCCUACGAGACGCUGUAUGCGGCGGCGGGCGGCGGCGGCGCGAGCCCGGACUACAACAGCUCCGAGUACGAGGGCCCGCUGAGCCCCCCGCUCUGUCUCAAUGGCAACUUCUCGCUCAAGCAGGACUCGUCGCCCGACCACGAGAAGAGCUACCAUUACUCUAUGCACUACUCGGCGCUGCCCGGCUCGCGGCCCACGGGCCAUGGGCUGGUCUUCGGCUCGUCGGCUGUGCGCGGGGGCGUCCACUCGGAGAAUCUCUUGUCUUACGAUAUGCACCUUCACCACGACCGGGGCCCCAUGUACGAGGAGCUCAAUGCGUUUUUCCAUAACUGAGACCUUGAGCCCGCCCCUUUCUUUUUCUUUUGCCUUUGCCCUCACCCCUGUCCCCAGCACCCCCGAGCGCAGGGGCAUCCCCACCUACCCCGGCGCGGGGCGCGGGGAGCGGGCCGCCGGUCCUGCUGCUCUUCUGGGCAGCGAGGUCCUCUUACCUGUGGGUGGCCCGUCCCAGGGGCCUCGCUUUCCCCAGGGGACUCGCCUUCUCUCUCCCCAAGAGGUUCCCUCCUCCUCUUUCCCAGGGAGUACUUUAACAGGGACUCCUCUUCGGGAACUCCCUGGAGACCCCUCCGCCCUAAUUCCCAAUUCCUGCACUUAGGUUUCCUCCUCCCCUUUCCCCCUGCAGGCCCAAAGGUGUUGGUAAGGGGGCAGCUGAGCUGUGGGAUACUG